AUGUUGUGGUCCAAUCUGUACCCUUUUGCCCUCUUUGGUCUGCUCUCAGCGUCGAGCAGCACCCUGGCCAACCCUCUGCCAGCCAGGGUGAGCCGCCCUCAAGUCGAUGCAGCGGUACAUUCUCUCUUCUCAUACUACAACGCAACAGAUGGACGGUUCGAUACGGCAGCAUCCUGGUGGCUGACGGGCAACGCACUCACCGCGGUGCUCGAGUGGACGGCCAAGACGCAUUCCUGGCAAUACAUGCCUCAGGUGCUGCAUACGAUUCAGGAGCAAAAGAAGCCGCUUGCCUGGUGGCCGUCUGGUGGAGGCAUUUUCCGGGCUGACUCGACCGACGACACGGGCUGGUACGCUCUGGCGAUGCUCAAGAUGUUUGACAUCACUCGAGACCCAAAGUACCUCGACUACGCGGUAACGGACGCAGAAUACUUGCAGAGCUUCGAGAGCUCUACGUGCGGAGGGGGCAUCAUCUGGGAUAUCCCCUCCAGAACGUACAAGAAUGCUAUCAGCAACGAGCUGUACCUCUCGCUCACUGCGGGACUUGCCAACCGCCUGCGGGACCAGAGCAAGGCGCAGAAGUAUCUAAGUAUCGCGAAGCAGCAGUACGCUUGGUUCGUCAACAGCGGCAUGAUCAACAAGGACUACCUCAUCAACGACGGCCUUACCGAUGCCUGUGCCAACAACGCCGGCAAAAUUUGGAGCUACAACCAGGGUGUGAUCCUCGGUGGCCUUACAGAGCUGUACAAGGCGGACGGAUGCAAGCAGGAAUACCUGAGGCUGGGAAAGCGUAUCGCCGAGGCGGUGCUGGCGUCGGCGGCGUUCGACAGCAAUGGCAUCCUGACCGAACUGUGCGAGCCUACCUCGAGCUGCAACAGCGAUCAAGACGCAUUCAAGGGGAUCUUUGUGCGCAAUCUGGACAAGUUCAACAGGGUGCUGCCGGGCGCACCGUAUACGAGCUACAUCCAACGCCAAGCCGCAUGGGCAUACAGCCACGACAGGAACGCGACCGAUUUUUACGGCGUUCAAUGGACCGGUCCUGUGGGGCAGGCCAACGUUGGCACGCAAGGGUCGGCAGUGAGUCUGCUCGUUGCCGCUCUGUGA